AUGCAACAAAUACUGAAAAUCUUAACAUUGAUCUUUUGUUUGAAGACGAAACAUUUGAGGAACCUUUAGAAUUUGAUGUUGAAGCGGUAAGUGUUGCUAUGGACGAUGAGGAGCUAGCAAUGGAAGAGUUCUUUGAUGUUAGUACUUUCAAGCAAGAUCAAGAAAUCAUCGACGAUGAUUCAAAUUCAAUGACUCAUAUUCAAAAGUCUAGUAGCACUAAGGAUUGGUCAAUUGAUGACAUAUUUUUUCAAUCUGAAGCUUAA